AUGCAUAUGGAUGUCAAUUGUCAGAUGAAAUGGAUAUCAGAAAUCAAGAUUAUGGAUGAUUGGUUGUUGGAUAUUUCGCUGCCCCCCAUACUACCUCCUACUAAUCCUGCUUCCUCUUCCCUACCCUUACCCCCUCCUCCUCAACCUUCUCCUCCGCCUCCUCCUCCUUCUCCUAUUCCACCUCCUCCACCGUCUCCUCCUCCACCUUUACCAUCAGCCUCUACUCCUGCAUUCCUGCCACAAAGCCCGCCAAACUACAUAGUUCCCUCAACCUUGGGUUCUGCUCUAACUGUACAGUUGCAAGCUACUUCAAGCCAGGAGGUUUCAAAUUAUACUAUGCAGGAUACAGAUAAGUACUUUUCAAACCACAACACAGAACAACCUACAGACUCACAGAUGACAGAUAUCUUCUCCUAG